AUGAUACCAUCAACAACGCUCUGUCCUCUCUUUAUUUCCAUCUUUAUCACAUUCAUUGUCACCAUCUUUUUCCUGAGUACACCUGUUAACCCCUUCGGCUCAGCCUCCACUUUUGCCGUCACCGAUAGCACCACUACCGUUUGCGGUAUCGUUGCCGGUGAAUCCACCCAAAGAAUCCAAUGCUUCCAAGACGGUGGAAACAUCACCGUUUUGCCAAAUGUCUCUUUCCAGGCUAUCUCUGGUGGCCACAGCUUCUUCUGUGGCCUCAGGUCCGACGGUUUGAGCUUGCAUUGCUGGGACACCGAAGUUGCAGUAAACUCAACCUUUCUGCCGAAACGUUUGUACCAUAACCUCACCGUUGGGUUGACUGAUGUAGCCGUCGGUGAUGAUCAAGUUUGUGCUAGAGAGGUCAACUCUGGCUUGGUGAGAUGUUGGAGAGGUAGGUCUUCAUUUCCAUCACCUGGUGUUGAUUUUAGGUUCAAGACAAUCACAUCAGGGAGCGGGUUCACGUGUGGGAUUUUGAGGAAUAACAGUCAAGUGUAUUGUUGGGGUGAAAAUAGCAUCGGAGAUAAUAUUCAGAGGCAGUUUGGUAUCUCGUCAAUGUCGAGUUUGGUCGCUGGAGAGUCUCAUGUUUGUGGGUUGGAUGCAAAUGGACAUUUAGUUUGUAAAGGGAAUAACAAUUCCGGGCAGUUGAAUGUUCCCUUCAGUUCAGCUUAUGAGUUUUCGGGGCUUGCAUUGGGAGCAAAUUUUAGCUGUGCUAUUAGACAGACAAAUGGAUGGGUUACAUGCUGGGGAGACGCAAAAAUGGUUGAUUCCGAGACUGCUGCAAUAAGCGAUGUUUCUUUUGAGUCUAUUGUUGCUGGUUUAGACUUCAUAUGCGGGUUAACUACCAGGAAUUUUUCACUGAUUUGUUGGGGACCAGGGUGGUCCAAUGUGCUUAAUUUAGAAAGUGUUGUACCAUUGGGAAUGAUUAUUCCAGGUCCUUGUGUUGAAAGUUCUUGUGGCACAUGUGGCGUGUAUCCAAAUUCUGAGUCUUUGUGUGAUAGUUCUGCAAAUAUUUGUAAACCAUGCCAAAUUGAGCUCCCUCUUUCAGCGCCAUUGCCACCAUCAGCACAAGCACCAGCACCAGGGCAACAUCCAUCUUCUUCAGCAACAAAACCCACAAACAAGCUUUCUUUGAUAUUUAUGAUUGUUGGUUCAGUUGGGGCCUUUGCAGGAAUUUGUGCCGCUGCUUAUUGUUUAUGGCCUGGAAUGUAUCGUUUAUGGCACAACAGAGUUUAUAGUUCCGAACAACCCCCAAUUGCUGCUGCAAAUACGGCUUACAAUGGCUCUAAUUUGCCAUCUUUAAGGUCGUUUUCAAUUAGGCGCCAGGGUUCAAAAACAUUGGGACGCCAAAGAAGUGGUUCAUCAUAUUCAUCUCGCACAGAUAAGACUGAGAUUUUUUCUCUCUCGGAACUUGCUUCUGCAACCAACAGCUUCUCAUCGGAGAACAAGAUUGGUAGUGGAAGUUUCGGCAGUGUUUACAAAGGCAAGCUCCAAGACGGACGAGAAGUAGCUAUUAAAAGGGGAGAAAACUGUGCAAAGAAAAACAAAUCCCAGGAGAAAGAAAUUGCAUUUGAUAGUGAGUUGGCGUUGCUAUCAAGGCUUCAUCAUAAGCAUUUAGUGGGACUUGUUGGAUACUGCGAAGAAAGAGAUGAGAGGCUUUUGGUGUAUGAGUACAUGAGCAAUGGGGCACUUCAUGACCAUUUGCAUAACAAGAGCAGCACUGUAACGAACACCAACAUUUUAAAUUCUUGGAAAAUGAGAAUCAAAAUUGCCUUGGAUGCAGCUAGAGGGAUUGAAUAUCUUCACAAUUAUGCUGUGCCUCCUAUAAUUCAUAGAGAUAUCAAGUCCUCCAAUAUACUUUUAGAUGCAAAUUGGACUGCUAGAGUCUCUGAUUUUGGCUUAUCUCUUUUGACUGAUCAAGAGUCUGUGUCAACCAAGGCAGUUGGAACAUUUGGGUACAUAGAUCCUGAGUACUUCGUACUCAAUGUACUGACAUCAAAAACUGAUAUUUAUGGCUUAGGGGUUGUAUUAUUGGAGCUUUUGACAGGAAAAAAGGCUGUGUUUAAGAAUAAGGAUGGGAAUGCAGAGGACCUGGUGGCAUAUGCAGAACCAGAAAUAUCAGCAGGGCAUCUAAUCAAUGUGUUGGAUACAAGGGUGGGUUUGCAGGAUAUCAAUGAGGCAGAGGCAGUGGAGAUGGUGGCUGCUAUUGCAAUUCAAUGUGUCAAAAUAGAAGGUAAGGAGAGGCCUAGUGCCACUGACAUUGCUGCUGCUUUGGAAAGGGCACUAGCUGUUUGUGAGGGUACUAAUGUUGUUAGCUUCACUACCAAUACAUUCUCAUUUCCUUCUGAUUGAAUUCCCAAAUUUUCAUUUUUUGUUCCGAAUUUUUGGUUCUUAACUUGUGAUUUCAUCUGGGUAUAUACCUUUGUUUUUGUUAGUGAUAGACUAAACUUAGCAAUCACUUACAGCAAAUGAUGUCCCCUAAUUUCUUGCUCA